CACAACAGGAGCCACAAGCUUCUUCCUCUCAAGCCCAAGAUGAGGAAGACACCCAAAAAGUCGAUUUCAUCGCCCAGCAAUUUGCGAACGCUUGGAAAAUCUUUUGCGUUCGCUUCCGCCGUGCACAGCAUAAGCACCGCUCUUGGCUACCCCGUCGUAUUCUACUGGCUGGUAACGCAGACUUCUUGCGCGUGCCACAAUACCUUCAAGCCCUUCAACCCGAAAACACACUAUUAAAAUCUUUCCUUCAAUUGACGCCGAGGGAACAGCCCAAAGCACGUGCCGUUUUGGAGGCUCUCUAUGACCUACCAAUGGACCUUCGAGUUGCUGGGUCUGCAGACCCACAGAAGGACAGAGUGAAAGAGCUGGACACGAUUUUGCACGGUGAAACGGGAACUACAACAAGAUCGGGACUUCCUGGCAGUUCUUUGAGGAACUCUCCAAUUCCACUCGAUGAGUCAAAACCUUGGCUCACUUGGCAACGUCUGCGACAUAUGGAAGCACGAGAACGAUUAGUUUUCGUCACAGGCAUCGAAGCCGCGAGAUUCGUUGCUCAAAUGGUGGCCUCUAGUACAGGUCUGGUGAAAGAAUGUGAAAGACCUGAAGAAGCUUUCGGUGGUAUGUUGUUGACUGCCAAGAAUCGAGGCUACUUGUUUCGUGAAAUCUGGGUGACGGAUGUCACCGGAUUACACGCCCAAGCAAGCACGGAAAGUCGCUGUUGGUAUCCGGCAAUGGGCAGUCGCAUGGUCCCGCCACAUCAAUUGCCUUUGUUUGAUCCCUUGUUUUCGCCGAAACAUGUGGUGGAAGCAGAAACGAACUCCAACUGGGAACAACUGUCUACUUCUGCAGAGAAAAAAGCAGCAAUCGGAAGGAUCUUUGUUACACGAUCACCUUGGUAUGGGGACCUGAUGGAGGAGUCGAGGAGUUUGCCUCUGCCUAAACCGAGUUCAGCGAUACGGGGAAGUACGAGGACGAGUCCCAUAUCUUCUUCAGCACGACCUCCAGCACGGUCCUGGAAAGACAUAGCAGAUCCUCUAGCUCAUCGUGUCUUAACAAAGCAAUUAAGAUCUCGCGCGAAACUAUUCGCUGAAGGUUUGAUUGUCACCAGGAGCAUGGGAGGUUUGCAAAAAAUCAUGAAUCGGAAUAGAGCUGCCUGGACUUCGCGGACGCCAGAUGGUCAUCACGCUGUGGAGCAAUUGCUGCGGGGUGAAAGGUUUGACAUCGAUCAAUUUGAUGUGACUGGAAGUGCUUUUACAGGAUCUUCUAUUGGAACCGGAACUGCUAGUGCUACAACAGGAGGAGAAGACUCAAUAGCAGCAGCACAAGCACAACACAGCGAACAACCUGCAAAUGCUAAUCCUACAACAACAUCAACAUCAGCCAAGCAAGAAGAUACUUCCGGCAGUCGGCUAAUUUCGGAAUAUACAACGUUUUCCUUCGCCGGAUUCUUACGUGCAGCCUUAUUGCAAAAGACGACUCAUCUAGCUUCGGAUGCGAUGAAUUUUGACAAGCACUCAGCAUUGAGGAAGAUUCGAGAAUUGACUAGUCCCCAUAAAGGAGGUAGUAGAGGAAAAUGCCCUGCUGUUCCUGGCACUGUCGGUCUCCCAUCAGCCGGCGCUGCUAGAGGAACCUGUGCGGCAAGGCCUUCAGCUUCACUUGGGCUUGCUGUUUUGCGAAGGAGACAUGCAUGAGUUAUGUAGUCUCACAGAGAUCAAACUUGUUUGUACGGAAGAUUACGACAUAGGGGUGAACAAAUUUUAUUGCAGCUGAUGUUACACAUACACACGAUGAACCAAUGAAAUAAAUGAAUUUGAAUUUCGAUUCACAGAACCAGACUUUUCAUACGCACGAAGAUAAGUAUUCACUAAAUAAAGUUGUCUUUUUCAUAAUCUCCCUGUUGUUCAAAAAUGUUCAUGUUGACAAUGUACUUAUGUUGAAAAAUGUACAACAUUCAUCAAUUAUUAUUAUAUAUAACAAUCUAUCGUACAACGAACUUGGAGUGAUCACUCGUCGACUACUUCUUUAGCAAAUUAUCAAUUUGUACUCUAUAUGUUGUUAGUAAAACAUGUAGUGAGUCCAAGAAUUAGCCAUAACGCACUAGAGUUUCGAAGGAUCGAAAAAAAAAGCGCUCAUCUACAAUGCUGGCCGUGAUAACUAUUCCAUGAUCAUCGAGGCAAUCUACUACCAUCUAAGUUCUUUCUCAUUCGUAAUUACACGUUAGGAUUAUCUGUAAGAUAUGUAGGAGGAACGAUCAGACCCAACUUAAAGGUAAGAAAACAUUUUGGGCGCACAUCACCGGCAUUGGUUUUCUUGCUUGUGCCCAAUUAAUCGUAGGCGUUGCCUCGUCAGUAGCCUUGCGCGGCAAAAGAGAGGCUCUACAAUGCAUGAAGCUUCUGUACGCGUCCGUCACUCAUGACCCUCAGUGUCGCCCUUCUGGGGCGAAUGUUUCACGGAUGAAGACGGUCCCGCCGUAGAUCAGCUCUUGACGGCACUGUCUAAACGUCGCGGGCGGGUCUUAUCUAGCUUUUCUGCGGCGCUGGCCGUUGUGCUUCAUCGUCAUCUAGGAGUUUUAGGUGCCUGGCCGUUGUGCUUCAGGAUUCUCGCAGGGUAGUUAAAUGUUGGCAUCGCGAGGAAUAAGAAUAUAGAAGACCCAGGUCCCAAAAAAAAAUGCCCGAACCGCGAACAUAAACGAAUGAGAAGAACUGGAUCCUCGACGCAACCCUGAGAUCCGGCAUAGCAACGAUAUGCGUUGCCGUGCGUCGAC